AUGGCUCCCCAGGGUCUCUCAACGAUUAAUCUGACGUCAUUGCCCAAGCGCGCCGAGGGUAAAGUCAGAAACCUGUACGAUGUCGACGAGAACACGCUUCUUUUCGUCACCACCGACCGUAUUUCUGCCUACGAUGUCGUGAUGAACAAUGCCGUGCCUUACAAGGGCGCUAUCCUGACGCAAAUAACCAAGCACUGGUUCAGCGUACUAACUGAAAGAGUUCCUGGCUUGAAGACGCAUUUCAUCACCACUGAUGUGCCAACAUCGCUCACUCCCGAGGAGGCUGCUGAGAUAAAGGACCGGAGCAUGGUCGUCCGCAAGCUCGAGGUCGUUCAGAUUGAGGCAAUUGUUCGCGGCUACGUGACCGGUUCUGCCUUCAAGGAGUACCAGAAGUCCCAAACUGUUCACGGUAUCAAGCUACCUGCCGGUCUACGGGAAUGCGAUGCUAUCCCUGAUGGUCCCAUCUACACGCCGAGCACCAAGGCACCGCUAGGCCAGCACGACGAGAACAUCUCGCCUCAGCAGGCCAAGGAAUAUUUGAUCAAGCAAUACCCCGGCGGCAAGGGUGAGAAGAUUGCCGACCGCAUUGCCGAGCUCGCAGUGCAGAUUUUCAAGGCUGGCCAGGAGUACGCAGCCGAGCGCGGUAUCAUCCUCGCUGACACCAAGUUCGAGUUUGCGCUCGACCCCGAGACGGGCGAUAUUAUCCUGGCUGAUGAGUGUCUUACUCCCGACAGCUCUCGAUACUGGCCCAAGGACAAGUACGAGCCCGGCCGUGACCAGGAAAGCUUCGACAAACAAUUCCUGAGAAACUACCUGACCGAGAACGGCCUCAAGGGUAAGCCUAACGUCACAGUGCCGGAGGACAUUCUGGCUGCCACUUCGGAGCGCUACCAAGAUGUGUUUGAGCGCCUGGUGGGCAAGAAGCUGCAGGACGUGAUCAAGGCAUAA